ACGGCUUAUUAGUCCAGCAAGAGCGCAGUUAAAGCGAGUGUCAGCCAUUUCUUCGGAUCUCAUUUGCUUCUCCGCAAUACUCAAUUAACUUUAGCAGCAAGACAUUGCGGAUCUAUCCUACACAACCAUAGAAUUUUGGUCAAUAUUUAGCGGAGUUACUGUAGUACAGACAUCUAGCCAGCCAAUAGAUGCCACCAAGCCGGUAAGGCACGGUGAGCCGCGGCAUGAACUACCUGUGUACCUAACGUCUGUUUCGUGAGGCAAGACGCAAACUGCAAGCUUUCCGGACAAUUUGACAAGGAUAAGAAAGUUUGAAGUCCAAGAGAGAACCACUUUAUGUCGAAUUCCCACGUUAAUAUAUUUCAGGUGACCAAAUAUUGUAUUAUCAUCUAGCAACUGGAUAUUUCUAUCUCUCUCUUUACUUGCCGAAGCGAAAACUGCGUAUUUGUACGGAGUGUAAAAUUCAAGCUCUCGCUUGUGGUGGAGGGUUCUACUUCUAACCUGACUACUUUGCUAAACUAACACUUCGCUUUUUACUUUUAAGACGACUUUCGUUGUAAACUGCUAGACUGGCCUAUAGGGGGAAACUGAAAUGCUUAGUAAAAAACCUGCUGCAUUGUGAACAAUGCCGGCAGUAAUCCAUCUUAUCACUAACGCGUCAAUAAUUGGAAAAUCUUCAACAAAGCUCAUGUGGUCUUCUUAAGCAAGAAUUAAGUUUGUAUAACUCCUAAAAUUUGAUUAAGAUUAUUCCUAGCUUCCAAAUUUGGCAUAAUGGAUUGGCGGGAACUUUGUGUCUCUUUGCUCUGCUGUAGGAGUUACCAAAAGGAAGAUUCGAUCAGAACUCAACCAGUCAUUGAAAGAAAGGGACCUUUAUCCGGCUACGCCUCGCCUCUUCGAGGAUAUGGUGCUAUUCGGACUGGCCAACUUCCUCAUAACAUGUCCAUUAACUCUGAAUCUCCAGCAGUAGAUGAUAAGAAGAGCUACAGUAGAAGAAAUUAUGUAUACAUCAGACCGCCUAAUGUACAGAGAGACAACCAAGCCCAAGUUACUCUGAAAGGGUGGUUGUUCAGGUUAGAAGGAGGACCAUUAAGGCAAUGGAAGAGGAGGUGGUUUGUUUUGGCUGACUACUGCUUAUUCUACUAUAAAGAUCCUGAAGAAGACAGACUUCUUGGGUCAGUAAUUCUACCCAGUUACAGGAUUUCACCUUGUGCUGCUGAUGACAAAAUCACAAGAAAGUUUUCUUUUAAGGCAGAACACCAGAACAUGAAGACUUACUUCUUUGCAGCAGAGUCACGGGAGCUAAUGAUACAGUGGAUGAAUGCAUUGUGUUUGGCAACCAUCAUGCAAACAUUUACAAGAAGACAUUCCAGUAUUGACCAGCUAAGUAUGCCACCUACACCAGGGUUAGAUGAAGAAGAAGACUCGGGGUUCACCUCCUAUCAGUCCCGGAAGUUACAGGAUCGAGAAGACCCCAGAGGAACUCUUAACAGCAGCUGCGUGUCUACCCAAUUUUCAUGUGAUCAGUCUACACAAGAUCUUCCAAGAGAUAUUGAAGGAAAUGUUGUUGUUGUUAAUGAUGGCACAAAUGACAGUGGUUUUUUAAGUAGCAGUGAGAGAUACCUGAGCCAAUAUGGUAGUCAGUCAGUUAUUCAGUGUUCUGUUUCUCCUAGAGGAAAAACAGGGCACUCUUAUUAUUCUUUUGGGCCACCCAAACCAAAGAGGCUUCAUGCUAGCUGUAUGAGCCUCCCACAAGGUGCUCCUGACCUGGUACCACCUCAGGAUAUAAUCCCAGGUAUGGGUAGAUUUGUACUACCAUGUGAUCAAAAACGUUUUUAUGACAGUGAUAAAUAUAACUUGGAUUCUAAGAAAUAUAACAACUGGGGAGAUGAGUAUACUUACUGGACUUGGCAGGGAGAUGGAUAUUAUGAACAACAACCACAACGCUAUUUAUAUAUUUCACAGGAACUGAAUCCAGGGUAUGAAUUAUGGUCUCGGCAGAGAUCUCCCCAAGAUUAUGAAAAUUCAAACAUUUACAGAAAUUCUGCACAGCCAGUUAAUAUUAUGGCUAGAGAGCCUUUACUUCCAAGACCACAUUCUGAUAAAUUAGGAAAUAUGAUGUUGGACUUAGAUCAAUCACCAGAAAUGCCAUCUUUAAGUGAUGUGGACCACUCUCCACAGUUACAACAUGAAAUGGAAAAGGAGGAUAGCAAUGAAUUGCUUGAUAGAAUUGCCCAAGAUCCAUCUUAUCUUUAUGAUUUACGUAAUGGCAGAAAAUCUGGAAAUAUUUCAAGUGAGGACCAUCUCAAAUCUGUAUUUGAUUCUUAUUAUAGAAGUACUUCAAACCUUAGGGGUCAGCAAUACCAAAGUGCAGUUGGUAGUUCACAGUAUAUAAGAAGUGCAACUGAUACAGAUUCAAAAGUCCUUGCCACACAAAUGCACCAAACAGCUAACUCUCAUGGACUUGUCUCAGCUCAUCCUAUGUUUAUUAAUGAAAAUAUCUAUGAACCAUUUGACUCCAGGCGCCAAGAACAAAUUGUCCUGGUUCCACAUCAUAGCAUGAAAUCUGAUGUCUUGGAUAUUCAAAGAAAAGCUCAACAAGAAGAAUCUAUCAAAAGAUUUAUGGAAUGGAAGGAAAGAAUGCUUCCUUCUCCAAUGGCUGAAAAACAAAAGUUUGAAAGAAAUAGAAGUGGAGAGUUUGCAACUUCCAAUGAAUCUCCAGGAUUACCACCUCCAAGACCUCCUUUACCGGAAACGUAUUGUCAACAAGUAUUGCAGGAUAUAGAAAAUCUGGAAGUGCAGCAAAAGGUUCAGGAAUUUUACUUGCAAAAUAAUCAAACAAACAAAGCUGUGCACUCUAAUCACUUCUCACCAUCUAAGUCUAAUGGCAACCAUGAGCAUUCUGAAGCUCUUUAUAAGCCAAGAAGGAUUUCUUAUGGUGAGGCUGAACUUGAGACCCAACAGCAAGUGAGAACACCUAGUGAAGAUCGAAGAGAAACAGACAAAAAUCAGAAAACAAACAAACCACCCUUGAAAACACAAGAGUCUCCUCCAAGUUCAGUUCGUAUCAGAGAAAGUAGUAGACCAAAAGUCCGUAGAACAAGCUGGAGAGGGAAAAGCCCAGGUCACAGGAAAGCUGUGGGAAGAGCUAUUAUGUCAGACUCGGAACUUCAUGUUCAUCGGCAGUCUUCAAAGAUAUACAGACUAGUACAACAUUCUUCAGCACUGAGUUCCCAUCAUAAAAGCAUCAGUAUUUCUGCUGGAGAAUUGUUGGAGAAAACUCAUGAGGAACUAGUUUUGUUCCUAAUCCAGUUACGACAAAGUCAAAUGCAGUUGUCUAAAUCACGGGAACAGUGUCAAAUGCAAAUGAUUAACGAGCAACGCAUGGGACAAGUGAAGCCUCAUGAAAAAGAUCACCAAACAAAAUAUAUGAAGUUGUAUGAAGAACUAGAAGAUUUGCAAGAACAAUAUGAACUCCUUCGUCCGCUCAUUAAUUUGGUGGAAAAUUUGGUUAAACUGGGAACUUUGUCUGGAGCCACUGAAAGAAAAUCUGCCUCCCUCUCUCGACUUGAAAGAGUUGGAAUAGAAAAGUAUAUACCAUCUGAGAAAAUGCUGGAAUUUGCUCAUCAUCUUCAAGAACGUCAAAAACUACGAGGCGAGAUAGAAGGAGUUGAGAUGAUUACAAUUGACAGUGAAGGCCUUGAGGAGAAGCUAAGUCGUCUUUAUCAACUUGAUUGUUUGGUCCAAGAAGAAUCUUCUCACUUUGCUUCUCUUCAGAAUGAUAAGGAAAUGUUAGAACAGGCUUUGAAUACAGUACAAGAGAAACUGAAUGAGCGGAACUGGGAUAGCCCAGUCGAGAUGGAAAAACUUCGAAAACAACAACGUCUUAUUGAAAAAGAGUUAUCUCACAUUCGCAGUCUGUUGUCACAAAGUGCUAUGAGACUUGAGGAGAGAACCUCAGAAGUUUGUAAAGUAGAGCACAAAAUCCUAGUUCUCAGACAGAAGAUACAACAUGCUUUAACUGCCAGCCACAGAAGAAAGGAAAUGUCAUCAAUAUCUAAAGCAGAUUUAGAAACUGAACUUCUGAGGGUUCAAAACUUUUUGGAAAGUUUGUCCAAACGUCGUCAAGAAAUCAGCAACGUCAUUGAAACAUUGAAGAUCAAAUCCAAACAUAAACAGCUACCCAGCAUUCAGAAAGUGAGAGAAGGGGCAUCGGGGGUUAUAGGCUCUGCUACUCUACCUCCAAAGAGAAAACACCGCAGUGCAUACAUGGAAACAGACCUCGAUUCCUCCAGUUCCCAUGAACUUGGUGUUAUGAGGAAGCCAGAAACUACAAGCAGAUGGGAAAGGCAUUAUGUAAAUACAACAGAAAUUUCUCAGCAAAAACCUGAACGCACUGUGGUUAGCCACUCUGGUGUUGUUCAAAAUGAUUCCUUGUUAAAUUCCACUCUACCUACAAAUGUGUAUAAGCUAGCAAACCAAGAUCAUCAGGUUCGAGUUAACCAUCGUGACCGGCAAACUCCAUUGUACCUCACUCUUCAACAACGAGAUUUACAAGGAAGACUGAAUUAUAUAGAUCAAGCUGUUCUUAAUCAGAAAGAUCAACAUGCUAGAUUGAACCCACAGAACCAUGAGCAGCAGAUUCAGUCUGAACAUGUUAGAAUAAAUCAAGCAAGCUUGUCUGAUCGAAAUAAUUUACAUUAUCAAAACUUAUUGAGCUGGCCAAGUCAACGUAUCAGACUAAAUCAGCCUAGAUUAAAUCAACAUGACAACCAAGUCACACUAAGUCAACCAAAGCAACAGAUUUGCCUUUUAGACCAACGUGGUAAACGUAUUCAACCAGAGUUAAGUAGAAGGAUAAGUUCACCAAAUCAUGCAAGACCUGACAAACCAGAUCAAAAUGAAAGAUUACAUUAUUCAAAUCUUCAUGGCAGACAAAACCAAUUAGAUGAAAAAGAAAAAUUAAAUCAAAACUGUUAUGGUAGAUCAAACCAACCAGAUCAAAAUGGUAUUUUAAGCCAGUUAAACUAUCCUGCAAACCCCACACAUCUUCCAGCUAGGUUAAAUCAACCAGAGCAUCACAUUAGACAAAACCAACCAAACCAAAAUGGCAGGCAUAACCAAUCAGAACAACCUAGCAGGCAUAAACAGCCAGAUAACAGUGGAAAAUUACACCAAUCAAGCCAACCAAAUCAAGAGGACAAAUUUAAUGAACUGGAUCAGAACAUAAGCAUAAGUCAACCAAACCAGCAUGUGAAAUCUAACCAACCAGAUCACCAUUCCAAACUUAAUCAGAAUACUAAAACUUAUCAACCAACUAACCAAUCCAGAAUUAAUCAACCAGAUCAACAUUUCAAGGAAGACCAAUCAGAACAACACAAACCACAACCAGAUCAGCAUAUAAAUGUGGACAAGUCAGCUCAACAAGACAAAUUUUACAAAGCAGAUGUUCUUACUAGGCCUCAUCAACAAGAUCAAGAAACAAGUCUAACCCAGCCAGAGUACCAUUUAGGUGAAAAUCAACCAAGUAGCAUCAGUCCUCUUGGCCUCCCUCAAAGUCAUACAACAACUGAAGAGGCAAGAAGAGCAAGUGAUUCCUGUUUGAGUGAUACAAAGCAAAUUAACUGUGAUAAUCAGGCUGAAGUAAGGUUGUUUGUGACAUCUGACUGUAUGAAAAGCCAGGAGGAAGUAAAACCUGUAACAGCAGCAGAAACUACUUCACCUCAUCGGCCCACCUCUCUAUUUUCACCUACUCAUACUGUCCAGAUCCAGAGAAAGACCCUGAGUGCACAUGAGCGAUUAUUUGGAGGAGCCUCUACCUCUCCUCUUUUAACGUCUUCCACAGAGCACAAGUCGAGUAGUCAUCAGUCUCUGAUAAGCCCAAGGCUUCAUGGACAGCUCUACAGAAAACCUAAACGGAGACAUCAUACCAUUACUGGUACAGGAUCACAGCAAUUUCUUGACCAAUCUUCUCCCAGAAUGUUUGGCCCAUCAUCACGACAUUUCCACAUGGAUCGCUGCUCACGCACAGCAAGCACACCAGAUAUUGUACGGAGUACAAUACGAAAAACAGAAGUAUUUGAUGAAAGAAUUAUUGAUCGAGAACUUGGUCUUCCUCAGAAAAUUGACAUUCCAGAACGCUACAUAGAAGAUGAGCCAGAAAAAUUGUCAGCUGCUGAAAAAAUCAGAAGAAACCAAAAGGCAGAAAAUAUCAGAAAAAUGCUCUCAGAAGCAACAGCUUAUGAAGAACCAACCAAAAUGGAAGGAACUGAAUCGGAGACAAUGAUCAAGAAAGUGAAUGAAGAGAAAAAGAAAAGAGCCCAUCUUUUAGCUCUUAAUCAUACUAUUGCCAAAGAAGUGAUGGAGAGAAGCAAACUUGUUGCAAUGAUAGCAACUCUGGAACGUUUAGAUCCUGACACAGUACGUCAGAAAGAAGAAGAAGAAGCUCAAGACGAAGAUGAUGAAGACUUCAGCCCAGUUCAACCUCUGCCUGUAAUACAACAGCGAGAAAACUACCUCACUUAAAUUUACAUUCAUGCAGUGGUUGUAAGAUAACAUCCAGAUCUGUAUCUCAUCAUAUAAAAUUGAGAUUGAGAAUUUUCAGUAAUGUCUUAGAAUACCCAACAUAAAAACAGGCUUUCAUGUUAAGUAAUCAGUAUCCAUAUGUGUAAUGUAGCUGUAUUUUGCAUAGUUCAAAAAAAAUGACCAAAUAUACCGAGGACUGAGCAUUUAUUGUUCUUAAACACUUGAUGAUGGGUAAAGCUAACAAGAUUCUGAGUAUUUAUAUGGAGUGGAUAAAUAAACAUUGUAUAUUUCCAGUCAGGUGUUUUCCUAGGUUAAAUAAUUAUUUUUGUUGAGAAUCCUAUUUUGAAGUGGCUGAGUCUUUCGGUGUCAGUGAAUGAGAUCCAGUUGUACUGGUUGUCGUACAUGUUUGUAAAGAAACAAAACGUAUUGUGUUAAGGUAACAUAUACCUUGAUUUAAAGCUCACAACUAAAGAUAGUUUCUUUUUAAUGUUGGUUAUUUGUCUAGGUUGUUGGUUAUAAUGAAACUAUUGGGUUAAGUUUAAAUUUUUCAUGUUCUGUACCUUAGACAAUGACUUUUCUUGGAUAUGGAUCAUGGUUCUAUAACAAAAUACCAUUUAAUAUUAUUGUAAUAACUUUUAUGAAUGAUUGUAUUAAUACACUUUCUAAUAGUUAAUAUUCAUGAGCGUGCUAUGGGUAAUACUUGCUGUUUUCAUGAGGAGAAUGUCGGUCCUGAAAAUAUUGGAAAUGUAGUCUUUAAUCCACAUGUAUAUUAAAUAGUUUUGGUGUUUAAAGAAAGUAGAAGAUACACUUUUCUUGAUGAUGAAAGUAUUAUUUUAAUUAAUUAACCUCAAGUUUAUCCAGUAAUAUCUCAUAUAUUAUUUCUAAUUUUCUACAUGGCAAACCACAAGGCAUUAUUUGAAGAUUAGUUUGACUCAAAAUUAAUCUGCAACUAUUAACAACUGCGUGACAGUUGUCUUACUUAGUCCUCGUCAUUCCAAAUGGACUCAACCCACCUUUACCAUCUUGUUCUGUCCUGAGCCAAUCCUUAUAUGUGUUUCUAGUGAUUCUUUAGUUUUUUAGUUCUACCUUUAUUCUACACCAGGUAACAUUCAGCCUUCCUCUCCUACAUUUCUUGGUUGAUGUCUAGAAGAAGACUGCUUCUGUGGGAAUGUCUGUUUAUUAACUAGAUAUAAAUUAUUUAUGUAGUACUUGUAAAUUUCUUGAAAGUUAAUUAUUUUGGCCAACCUUUUUUUAAUAAUUUGUUUUUUUGAAAAACACCAUAAAGCUUUUUUAUGUUUUGAUAUAAUUGCAAAUAAUUUCCCUGAAUAACAGUAAUCAACUAAUUAACUUUUUGAACAUUUAAAAAAGAAACAAAUAAGACCAAUGUUAUGAACUUUUUAAGUUGUGAAGAAGGAGAUUUACGUUUUCAGAAAACAUUUUCAUGACAUUUUGAUGCCUUGGAUACACAUAUCAUAGCUGUACAUGUGAUAGUUGGAGAGUGUGAUAGUUUGAUAUGCUCAUUUAAAAUUUUUUCACAUUUGGAGGAGGAGAUGUGAUUAUUUAAUGAUGUAAUAAAACCUGUAAUGAAAAAUAAACAUUUGAUAGAAUAUCUAAUUAGAAUAUAUAUUGUAUGUAAGCUGAUAAACAUGAUAAAAGGACUGUUUCUUUAGUGUUUAUUUUUUAAUGAAAUACUGCCAAGUUAAUCCAGUUUCAUUUGAUACAGUAUUAUGAUAGUGGUACAAAGAAGUAGUAAAGUUUGUAUACUUGUUUUUGUACAUUAUUGAUAUAUUUUAGGACAAUUGAUCAAGUAUUAAAUCUUUAUGACAAUAUUAUACUAACUUUAUUGUUUUAGCUGUUGAAUGUUUAAUUUUGUUUAUACAACUACCAGUAUAUUUUUAAUUACUCAUGCAUUGGUUGUUACUUGUAUUGCAACUAUAGUCAUAUUAGUUGUAGAUUGCAUCAUCAAAAUUGUUUAGUGUUCCUUGUAAAACAGAACUGUACAAUGGUAGCAACAUGGACUGGAACCAUCAAGGCUGUACAAUGGUAGCAACGUGGACUGGAACCAUCAGGGCUGUACAAUGGUAGCAACGUGGACUGGAACCAUCAGGACUGUACAAUGGUAACAACAUGGACUGGAACCAUCAGGACUGUACAAUGGUAGCAAAAUGGACUGGAACCAUCAGGGCUGUACAAUGGUAGCAACAUGGACUGGAACCAUCAGGACUGUGCAAUGGUAGCAACGUGGACUGGAACCAUCAGGGCUGUACAAUGGUAGCAACAUGAACUGGAGCUAUCAGAA